AUGCAGCGGCGCCAUCAAAGCAGCGACGAGUCUGGCACUCCCAGUUCUGCCAUCUCAUCUACCUUGCGUAAAGAUAUUGACCUUACGAACCGAUUAUCCGCCUUACUUGAUGCUGCACGAAAUGAAGAGCUGACAUCCGAACUGCAAAUCCUUCCCUCAGCAGAACCCCAUGAAGUGUUGAGCCGGGUUCUAUCGCCAAGUUCCGUUGUUUCUACAGCCUCCUCUUUCGCAUUUUUCAACAAGCCACAGCAGGCGAGUUCUGUUGGGUUUCGCAGUGUCGGGUUUGGCCAAUGUGGGAUUGUCUUUGAGCGGCCAGGACGCGCGUAUGUGGUCAAGAUCGCCCGCCCAUCAUUCGAAGAUGCCCUUUGGGCGGAUCUUCAAGCCCACUUGUCAGUGUACCACGCCUUCACAAACCAGCAGUCCGUUGAAGUACGAACUCCCAAAGUCUGCUCAUAUGUGUCAAAGACGAACAAUGAGUGGUGGGACGCGCAUUUUGAGCUUUUUCAUGGAUCCCACCUGUCCUUCCCUCUACCGGCAAUGGCGUUGAUCACAAAACGAAUACUUCCGCUACCCAAACUCGCUCGACAAGCUCUAAUAGAUGCCUACUGCCCUGCACCAUCGCAACUUGCUGUAAGGGCUCACGACACUAACCGUGAUUGUUUGGCACGAGUCUAUCUUGGCCGUCGCCGAGGUGUGAAUGACCCGCCUCCUGCAAACUUCACUUUAAGGAAUUUCAACUUGUGUCUGGAUCAGAUGAUCGAGCUCAACCUACCCAUCCAACAUUAUGCCAAAGCUAUCGGCCAGGCUAUGGCAAUUAUGCAUUGGUCAGCAAACGUGGAUUGUUACGACGUUGAAUUUGUCCUUGGUAGUGAAGGCGAAACAACAUACACCCAAGAAAUCUGUCGUUCGUCGGGGCUCAGCGUGGAACAGGUUGCAUCAAUGCCUCCUCACACAGACCUUGAUAAAAGGAUACGUACCAACUUUCGCCGCCGAACCACUCGUGUCUGGGUCCUUGAUUUCAAUUUGUGCAGUAAAUGGGAAGAACAAAUGGGUCUUGAAAGGCCGGAUGACUUAAUCGCUCAUCUCGUGGCAGCAUUCUUUGAAAAUGACCCGUAUUACCCUCGCCCAUCACAAGAUCUUGAACCUGGCAAGUCCCUCUGGUUCACGCUCAGCUCCUCAUACCGUGACGCAGCAGCGAGUGUACUGUCAGUGCCAGGGAAGGACCCACGACUCGCAUUGCUUCCGCAGAAGUUUCUUGACGCUUGUGUACUGCGACAAUCAGAAGGUUAA